GGCUGGGCACUGGCCCAGUUGCAGUUGUGAGGAAGAUGGCUGCUCACCUGUGGCCAGGGUGUCACGCACAGCCCUGGGGAGGCCUGCCUCUGUGCCCGGGGCGCUGGUGUCUGAGGGUGGUGACAGCUAUUCUCUGUCUCAGGAGAAACUGAAGCCCGAGUACUUGGGGGGCCUCCCUGAAACGCUGAAGCUGUACUCACAGUUCCUGGGGACACGGCCCUGGUUUGCAGGGGACAAGAUCACCUUUGUGGAUUUCCUCACUUACGAUGUCCUUGACCUGCACCGUAUAUUUGAGCCCAAGUGCCUGGAUGCGUUCCCCAACCUGAAGGACUUCAUGGCCCGUUUCGAGGUGAUGACCCCAUCCUCCUCGUCUUUGGUGUCCCUUAUUCCUUUGCCUUCCUUUGUGACGCUUUCCUAGUCCUGCAGCUAAAGAGAGAAUAAGCAGCAUUUAUUGAGCACUGUUAUCACACCAGGACCGGUGCUCAGCAUAUUACUCCCAUGGUGUCAAAUUCAAACAUUAUAACAUUCCCACAAGGUCGGUAGAAUUAUCACUUCCAUUUUACAGAUAAGGACACUGAGAAUGAGAGGCUAAGUCAUUUGCUCAAGGUCCCAGAGCCAGUCAAGGCUGUGUGGGGCUCCCUGUCAGCCUCUGGCUUCCGUGGGCAGCAGUCAGGGCUUCCCCUGUUUUGUGCCAAAAGGAAGAGCCUCCGGCCCUCGUCUACCCUGGGUUUCACAGCCUAGGAAACCGUGGAAGUGGCAGAACAUCUCAGGAGUUCGUACAUAGCUGGCAUUUGUAGGACUGACACAAGGUAGGAUUGAGGUCCCAUACCCAAGACACAGACAAUA